AUGUCUGGUCAUUCAAGCAAAACUACUAGUAUGGGAAAACACAUAUUAGUUUUCCCUUUCCCCGCACCCGGACACAUCUUACCACUGCUCGAUCUCACUCAUCAGUUAGCUCUCCGUGGUUUAAUCAUCACUGUACUCGUCACUCCGAAGAACCUCCCUUCCGUGCAACCUUUACUUGCCAGGCAUCCAUCUUGCGUCAAAACACUAGUCUUGCCUUUCCCAACAGCAACUGAAUCAUCAUCUUCUUCUGGUUCUUGUUUACCUCCUGGAAUCGAAAACUUGAAAGAUCUCCCGACGAGUUACAUUCCGGCUAUGAUACACGCAAUGGGUCAACUUCAAGAAUCUCUAUUAGAGUGGUUUCGAUUGCAGAUACAAAAUUCUUCUUCUCCUCCAACGGCGAUCCUAUCAGAUCUGUUCCUUGGUUGGACCCAAAAUCUCGCUGUUCGCCUUGACAUUGUCCGCAUCGCUUUUUUUCCUAUGUCGGCACACAAUCUAUCAAUCUUUGAUUGUUUCGUCAGUAACUUACCACCACGAGAAGAUUGCAAAGAUCCUAAUCAUCUGUUCUCGGCAUCAGGUGUUCCGACUUCACCUGUCUUUCCGAUUUAUCAGAUACACAUGUUGCAUCAUCUAUAUGCAGAUGACAGCCCACUUUGGAAGGUCAUGCAACAUAAUAACUCGCUGAACAAAGCGAGUUGGGGUAUUAUUCUGAAUUCAUUUCCCGAGUUGGAAGAAUCAUUUUUGAAUCACUUGAGAAACAAUUAUGGUGAUCACGGCCGGGUCUGGGGCGUAGGGCCUUUACUUCCUCCUAUAGAUCAUCAUCAGAAAAACUCGUCUGUAGCAGCAAGGAGCAGAGGCGGACCCAGCUCAAUUAGCAUAGAACAGGUAAUGUCUUGGCUUGACUCGUGUGCAGAGAAUCGUCAAUCGGUUCUUUAUGUUUGUUUUGGAAGCCAGAUUGUGUUAAACAGGAAACAAAUCGAGGUACUCGCUAUGGGACUAGAACUGAGCCAGGUUAAAUUCAUUUGGUGUGUUAAAGGAAUAUCAUCAUCAUCAACAUCAACUGACGAUGAAGAUAUUGAGAAACCUGUCCUACCAACUGGUUUCGUAGAUCGAGUGGCCGGCCAAGGACUUGUGAUCAAAGGCUGGGCACCGCAGGUGGCUAUACUGAGUCAUCAAGCGAUGAACACGUUCCUGACUCACUGUGGAUGGAACUCAGUGCUAGAAGGACUUGCAGCGGGGGUUCAACUGUUACUGUGGCCAAUGAUAAAUGACCAUUUCAUGACCGCAAAGCUCUUGGAAACUGAUCUGGGUGUGGCAGUAAAGAUCUGUGAAGGUGCGGAUACAGUUCCGAAUUCAACUGAGUUAGCUAGAGUCAUUGCUGAAUCUGUACCUCAAGGUGAGGAAGGUAAGAGUCGACCACAAAUUAUUCGAGCCGUGGAGAUGGGUAAGAUGGGGUUAGAAGCAGUAAAAGAAGGUGGAAGUUCUUUUAAGAAUUUAGACGAAUUAGUAUCAAAUCUUAAUGAACUCAGUGUAGAAUAAAUGUAGUAUA